AUGAAUAAUUUUUCAUCAUUCAUACUAUUAGUACUUUUAAUUCUAUUAUUUUGCUUUAAAUCACUUGAAAAUAGUAACAAAAAUUUAAUUGAUACCUUUAAUAUAGAGAAUGCUUCAGUACCAGUAGCUUUAAAUGAUGAAGAAGAUAAACAUAUUAUAGAAAAAAGCCAAGGAAAUAGAAGACAAAAAAGAAAACGUCAAAAAGCAAAAAGGCAAAGAAGGUCGCUUUUCACUUCCAUAAAUGCUAUAAAUGUACAAUUAGCAACGUUAAAUCGGCAAAUCAGUAGUCUUCAAGCUCAAGUAUCAAAUUUGGCUACUACAACUACAACAACAAUGGCACCAGCAGGAAGAGGAGGACGUUAA